AUGAUACGACAGUUGUCAGUCACCAAACUUGUACAUACUAUUGCUAUUCGAGGAUGUCCUUUGUUAAGGAGAGGCGUUCAUAUACCGUCAAAGGUACGAAAAGUAAGUGACAGUCAAUUAGAAGUUGCUCUAGCUAGAAAUCGUGAAAAGCAUGUCUCCAAGAUAUUACUGAAAGUGAACAAGAAGAAGAAGAAAGAUACUAUCGAUCAUACCAGUACUGAAAGUGUAUUAUUACUUGAAAUAAGGAGUGCCUUGAAGUAUUACAGUGAAAAAAAUGGUCUUACAGUUGGAGUGGAAGAUGUUGUGAAUCCAACUUCAUUAAUCAAUGAAUAUUUAUUCUCCAGAUCAAGGCCUACAACCAUUAUUGAAAGCAUGGAUAUUAUAUAUCAAACUAACGAGGGUGAGGGAUUAGGACUUAUACCUAAAUCUCUAUAUGCUGCUCCAUUCAUAGAUCAAGAAGAAGAAAUAUAUAACAAGUUUACCCUUGUUAAAGUUCCAAAAACAUUACCUGGAGACAGAGUAAAAGUCAGGUUAAAUAUGCAUCAUAGAUAUUAUUCAGAAGGAGUAUUACUAGAAGUAUUGAAAUCCAAGAACUCAAGAAGGGAUAACUUAAUAUUAUGUUCCAAUUUUAAUAAUUGUUCUGGGUGUCAACUUCAAAUGUUAAACUACGAAGAUCAGUUAAACUUCAAGCAAAACAGUAUCAGAAAGGCCUACAAAUAUUUUUAUCCCCAAUUAGGAGAAGCUAUUGAUGAUGAGAGAUUUGGCAUGGUAAAUGGGUCUCCAAUACAGUACAGUUAUAGAUCAAAACUAACACCCCAUUAUAAAAUACCCAGACAAGAUAAAGAUCAAACUCUUAAUAUUGGAUUGAACCAUGUUGAUGCAUCCCAAGGUAUUUUGGAUAUUGAUCUGUGUCCAAUUGCUUCACCAACGAUAAAUUCAAGACUUAAAGAACAGAGAGAAAAGAUUUUCAAUGAACUUAAAUAUGCUAAAGCUGGUGAUAAAGGUAGACAAAGAACUUUAUUGUUGAGAGACAGUGUUAGAAUAAAUAAUGAUACUGGUGAUUUCCACAGGGUUUGUCUCACUGAUAGUGCAAAAGUGGUUACAGAAAAGGUUGAAGAUUUUGUUUAUCAAUUUAAUACUUCAAGCUUUUUUCAAGUAAAUGUUGAUAUACUUCCAAAUGUUUUAGAUUUUAUGAGAUAUCACAUCGAAUUAAGUAAUUAUUCUUUUAAAUACUUAAUCGAUACUUAUUGUGGUGUCGGUUUCUUCGGUAUAGGUUUAUCGAAUGCUAUCAAAGAAGAUGGAAAAAUCUUUGGAAUAGAGGUAUCAGCAAAAUCAAUCGAGUAUGCAACUCAUAAUGCCAAGUUGAAUGGAAUUGCAGUUCCUGAAAGAAUUCAAUUCAUUCUGGGAUCUUCAGAAACUAUGUUUGAAAAUGAGCAUUUCGUACAAGCUGAAAUGCAAGGUUCGGAUUCUAUUGUCAUUAUGGAUCCUUCAAGGAAAGGUGCCAAUGAACUGUUCAUGAGACAAUUAUUGGCAUUCAAACCUCGCUUGAUUUUCUAUGUUAGUUGUAAUGUGAUUACACAAGCUAGAGAUUUGGCAAUGUUCGAAGAAUAUCAAAAGGCUUCACCUAUAAAGUAUAAAAUAAGAGAAGUUGCCGGUUUUGACUUCUUUCCGCAAACCAAACAUGUAGAAUCAAUAGCAGUUUUGGAGUUGUGUGAAAAUUAA